UCAAGUCAGCCAUGUGGCUCUCAACUUCCUCAUCUGUAACAUAAAAGGAUUAGAGUAGACAAUCUCUAACAAAUGCUAUAAUACCACUGACAAAUAAUAAUAUUAGCUAAUAUGUGUAAGGCACUGUGUUUAGUGCUUUUUCCCUUAAUACAAUAGCUUUGAGAUAUAAUUUAUAUACCAUACAAUUUACUUCUUAAAAAAGUACACAAUUCAGUAAUUUUAGUAGAUAGGAGUAACCAUCACCACAGUCAAUUCUAGAAUAUUUUUAUACAUCAGAAGAAACCCUUUACCCAUUAUCAAUUACUUUCCAUUCCUCCUAACUCCCUCCCAGCCCUAGGCAACUACUAGUCUACUUUCUGUCUUUAUUCGCCUCUUCUGGACAUUUCAUACAAAUGGAAACAUGCAGCAUGUAGUAAUUUAUGACAGCUUCUUUCACUUAGCAUGAGGUUUUCAAAGUUCAUUGAUGUGGUAGCAUUUAUCAGUACUCUGUGCCUUUUUAUGGCUGAAUAAUAUUUUAUCAUAUGGAUUUACCACAUUUUAUCAUUUUAUUUAUCCAUCAUCAGUUGAUUGACAUUUGAGUUGCUUCUACUUUUUGAGUAUUAUCAAUAAUUCUGUUAUGAACAUUCUUGUAUAAUUUUUUGGUAGACAUUUAUCUUCAUAUUUCUUGGAUAUAUACCUAGGAGCAGAAUUGCUGCGUCAGAUGGUAAUGCUGUUUAACCUUUUCAGGAACUGUCAGACUGUUCUCAAGUGGGUACAUUACUUUACAUUCCAACCAGCAGUGUAUGAGAAUUCCAGUUUCUCCACAUCCUCAUCAACAGUUGUUAUUGUCUGUCUUUUUUAUUAUAUUCAUCUGUAAUGUGAAGUGUUUAUCUCAUUGUGGUUUUGAUUUACAUUUCCCUGAUGGUUGAUGAUUUUCAACAUCUUUUCAUAUACUUAUUAGUCAUUAUGUAUCUUCUUUGGAGAUUGUCUGUUCAGAUCCUUUACCUACUUUAUAAUUGGUUUAUCUUUUUAAUAUUGAACUGUAAUAGCUUUUAAAAAAUAUAUCCUAAAUACAAGUCUCUUAUCAGAUAAUAUGAUUUGCAGAUAUUUUCUGUCAUUCUAUGUACUGUCUUUUCACAUUCUUGAUGAUAUACUUUUCAGCCCAAAUGUUUUUAACUUGAUGGAAUACAAUUUAUUUUUUCUUUUGUUGCCUGUGCUUUCAGUCAUAUUUGUGAAAACUUUGCUUAUCCCACAUUACAAAGAUUUACUAUUUCUAAGUGAUUUAUAAUUUUACCACCUACCUUUAGGUCUCUGAUCCAUUUUGAGUUAAUUUUUAUGUGCGAGGAGGGAGUCUAACUUGAUUCUUUUACAUGUGGAUAUUUAGUUGUCCCAGGACCAUUUGUUGAAUUAAGUGCCCAGAACAAGUACAUCGAUAUAUAGAGAAAGUAGAUUAGUGGUUGUCAGAGACUGCAAGAAGGGGGGAAUUGGAGAGUGACUGCCCAUAGGUACAGGCAUGCUUUUUGGCAUUAUGAAAAUAUUCUGGAAUUAGGUAGUGGUGAUGGUUGCAGAACUUUUGGAAUAUGGUAAAAGAUACUGAAAUAUAUGCUUAAAAAUGGUGAUUUUUGUGAUAUAUGAGUUAUACUAUAGAAAUAAUAAUAACAGUAAUAAAGCAAGGUGUCUUUCCACAUCUCCAUGCCUUGUAUUUUCAUUUAAAAAAAAAAAUGCAUUUCAGGGCCAGGCUCAGUGGUUUACUCCUGUAAUCCCAGCACUUUUGGAGGCCUAAGUGGGAGGAUCGCUUGAGGCCAGAAGUUCAAAACCAGCCUGAGCAACAUAGCAAGACCUUGUCUCCAUGAAAAAUAAAAAAUUAGCCAGAAAUGGUGAUGUGUGCCUAGAGUUCCAAUUACUUGGAAAGCUGAGGCAGGAGGAUCGCUUGAGCCUUAGGAGUUCAAGGUUGCAGUGAUCUAUAAUCACCACUGCACUCCAGCCUGGGUGACAGAACAAGACCCUGUCUCAAAAAAAAAAAAAAAAAAAAAAAAGGCAUCUCACUUUAAUAGUAAGAGGCCAGAAUAUGAUGCUGGCAGCAUGUUGUGAGGAAAUGUAUUAGAUGAAAGAAGUUAAAUUCCAGUUCUCCUUUUUUCAGAAAUGAGGUAUAGGGGAGAGAAACACGUACUUGGAAAGGAUUGACCCAGCUGAAUUGGAAAAUGUGGGAAGGGGAUGGGGAAGAGGCUGCUCCACCUGAGAUCUGGCUCCAGGACUUACAGCAAGGGGAACUUGGGCAAGUUACAGACUAUGCCUCAGUUUCUUCAUCAGCAAAACAGAAUCAUCCCAUAAACUAUAAGGUCGAUGGUAUCAGUGGGUCCCCAAACUGACUGCACAUCUGAGUCAUGUUAACAAACACAUUCUAGGCCCCACCUGAGCCCUCUGAAUCAGAAUCCCUGCAAGGAGGAUGAUGAACUUGAAUUUGCACUGACUUUCCCAGCUGUUUCUUACUCUGAUCAACUUGGGGGUAGGACCCAUUGAGCUGCAUCACAUCAUUCCAAAGCCAAAACACAACAGCAGGACAAGAAUAUUUUCAAGGCAGUCUCUAAAGCAGAGGAGAAACUGUUGAGGGAACCUAGAAGUAAAGGAGAUCUGGCUUGCUGGGCUCCAUUUGAACUUUGAGUACAACAGAGACAUGAGCCCUUUGGGACACAUGCCUGAGGUAGUGACAGUCCAACUUUGGAAGAGUGGAAGCCCUAGUUUCAAAUUCAAGCAUGCUUUGAGUAGAAAUUAAGUUUACCUCUUUUUUCACAGCAACAUGGCCAAUCUUUCCUAAGCUGCUCAGCUUACAAGAAAAGGAAUCAUACUGCUAAGAAUUCAAACUUCAGCAGUCAUAGGGAGCCUUGGGAGGACCCCGAAUCACUGAUGGAAUUGGGCAGUGCAUGGAGAUGGCUCAGCACGACGAAGUCCCUGGCCCCACGUCUUCUGCCACAAACGUCAGCAUGGUGGUAUCAGCCGGCCCUUUGUCCAGCGAGAAGGCAGAGAUGAACAUUCUAGAAAUCAAGGAGAAAUUGCGCCCCCAGCUGGCAGAGAAGAAACAGCAGUUCAGAAGCCUCCAAGAGAAAUGUUUUGUAACUCAACUGGCCGGCUUCCUGGCCAACGGACAGAAGAAAUACAAAUAUGAAGAGUGCGAAGACCUCAUAAAAUCUAUGCUGAGGAAUGAGCGACGACAGUUCAAGGAGGAGAAGCUUGCGGAGCAGCUCAAGCAAGCUGAGGAGCUCAGGCAAUAUAAAGUCCUGGUUCACUCUCAGGAACGAGAGCUGACCCAGUUAAAGGAGAAGUUACGGGAAGGGAGAGAUGCCUCCCGCUCAUUGAAUGAGCAUCUCCAGGCCCUCCUCACUCCGGAUGAGCCGGACAAGUCCCAGGGGCAGGACCUCCAAGAACAGCUGGCUGAGGGGUGUAGACUGGCACAGCAACUUGUCCAAAAGCUCAGCCCAGAAAAUGACGAAGAUGUUCAAGUUGAGGAGGCUGAGAAAGUGCAGAAAUCAUCUCCCCCCAGGGAGGUGCAGAAGGCUGAAGAGAGCAAAGUCCCUGAGGACUCACUGGAGGAAUGUGCCAUCACUUGUUCAAAUAGCCACGGCCCUUGUGACUCCAACCAGCCUCACAAGAACAUCAAAAUCACAUUUGAGGAAGACGAAGUCAACUCAACUCUGGUUGUAGACAGAGAAUCCUCUCAUGAUGAAUGUCAGGAUGCUCUAAACAUUCUCCCAGUCCCUGGCCCCACCUCUUCUGCCACAAACGUCAGCAUGGUGGUAUCAGCCGGCCCUUUGUCCAGCAAGAAGGCAGAGAUGAACAUUCUAGAAAUCAAGGAGAAAUUGCGCCCCCAGCUGGCAGAGAAGAAACAGCAGUUCAGAAGCCUCCAAGAGAAAUGUUUUGUAACUCAACUGGCCGGCUUCCUGGCCAACGGACAGAAGAAAUACAAAUAUGAAGAGUGCGAAGACCUCAUAAAAUCUAUGCUGAGGAAUGAGCGACGACAGUUCAAGGAGGAGAAGCUUGCGGAGCAGCUCAAGCAAGCUGAGGAGCUCAGGCAAUAUAAAGUCCUGGUUCACUCUCAGGAACGAGAGCUGACCCAGUUAAAGGAGAAGUUACGGGAAGGGAGAGAUGCCUCCCGCUCAUUGAAUGAGCAUCUCCAGGCCCUCCUCACUCCGGAUGAGCCGGACAAGUCCCAGGGGCAGGACCUCCAAGAACAGCUGGCUGAGGGGUGUAGACUGGCACAGCAACUUGUCCAAAAGCUCAGCCCAGAAAAUGACAACGAUGACGAUGAAGAUGUUCAAGUUGAGGUGGCUGAGAAAGUGCAGAAAUCGUCUGCCCCCAGGGAGAUGCAGAAGGCUGAAGAAAAGGAAGUCCCUGAGGACUCACUGGAGGAAUGUGCCAUCACUUGUUCAAAUAGCCAUGGCCCUUAUGACUCCAACCAGCCACAUAGGAAAACCAAAAUCACAUUUGAGGAAGACAAAGUCGACUCAACUCUCGUUGGCUCAUCCUCUCAUGUUGAAUGGGAGGAUGCUGUACACAUUAUUCCAGAAAAUGAAAGUGAUGAUGAGGAAGAGGAAGAAAAAGGGCCAGUGUCUUCCAGGAAUCUGCAGGAGUCUGAAGAGGAGGAAGUCCCCCUGGAGUCCUGGGAUGAAGGUUAUUCGACUCUCUCAAUUCCUCCUGAAAUGUUGGCCUCGUACCAGUCUUACAGCAGCACAUUUCACUCAUUAGAGGAACAGCAAGUCUGCAUGGUUGUUGACAUAGGCAGACAUCGGUGGGAUCAAGUGAAAAAGGAGGACCAAGAGGCAACAGGUCCCAGACUCAGCAGAGAGCUGCUGGAUGAGAAAGAGCCUGAAGUCUUGCAGGACUUGCUGGAUAGAUGUUAUUCAACUCCUUCAGGUUAUCUUGGACUGACUGACUCAUGCCAGCCCUACAGAAGUGCCUUUUACGUAUUGGAGCAACAGCGUGUUGGCUUGGCUGUUGACAUGGAUGAAAUUGAAAAGUACCAAGAAGUGGAAGAAGAGCAAGACCCAUCAUGCCCCAGGCUCAGCAGGGAGCUGCUGGAUGAGAAAGGGCCUGAAGUCUUGCAGGACUCACUGGAUAGAUGUUAUUCGACUCCUUCAGGUUAUCUUGAACUGCCUGACUUAGGCCAGCCCUACAGCAGUGCUGUUUUCUCAUUGGAGGAACAGUACCUUGGCUUGGCUCUUGACGUGGACAGAAUUAAAAAGGACCAAGAAGAGGAAGAAGACCAAGGCCCAUCAUGCCCCAGGCUCAGCAGGGAGCUGCUGGAGGUAGUAGAGCCUGAAGUCUUGCAGGACUCACUGGAUAGAUGUUAUUCAACUCCUUCCAGUUGUGUUGAACAGCCUGACUCCUGCCAGCCCUAUGGAAGUUCCUUUUAUGCAUUGGAGGAAAAACAUGUUGGCUUUUCUCUUGACGUGGGAGAAAUUGAAAAGAAGGAGAAGGGGAAGAAAAGAAGGGGAAGAAGAUCAAAGAAGAAAAGAAGAAGGGGAAGAAAAGAAGGGGAAGAAGAUCAAAACCCACCAUGCCCCAGGCUCAGCAGGGAGCUGCUGGAUGAGAAAGAGCCUGAAGUCUUGCGGGACUCACUGGAUAGAUGUUAUUCAACUCCUUCAGGUUAUCUUGGACUGACUGACUCAUGCCAGCCCUACAGAAGUGCCUUUUACGUAUUGGAGCAACAGCGUGUUGGCUUGGCUGUUGACAUGGAUGAAAUUGAAAAGUACCAAGAAGUGGAAGAAGAGCAAGACCCAUCAUGCCCCAGGCUCAGCAGGGAGCUGCUGGAUGAGAAAGGGCCUGAAGUCUUGCAGGACUCACUGGAUAGAUGUUAUUCGACUCCUUCAGGUUAUCUUGAACUGCCUGACUUAGGCCAGCCCUACAGCAGUGCUGUUUUCUCAUUGGAGGAACAGUACCUUGGCUUGGCUCUUGACGUGGACAGAAUUAAAAAGGACCAAGAAGAGGAAGAAGACCAAGGCCCAUCAUGCCCCAGGCUCAGCAGGGAGCUGCUGGAGGUAGUAGAGCCUGAAGUCUUGCAGGACUCACUGGAUAGAUGUUAUUCAACUCCUUCCAGUUGUGUUGAACAGCCUGACUCCUGCCAGCCCUAUGGAAGUUCCUUUUAUGCAUUGGAGGAAAAACAUGUUGGCUUUUCUCUUGACGUGGGAGAAAUUGAAAAGAAGGAGAAGGGGAAGAAAAGAAGGGGAAGAAGAUCAAAGAAGAAAAGAAGAAGGGGAAGAAAAGAAGGGGAAGAAGAUCAAAACCCACCAUGCCCCAGGCUCAGCAGGGAGCUGCUGGAUGAGAAAGAGCCUGAAGUCUUGCGGGACUCACUGGAUAGAUGUUAUUCAACUCCUUCAGGUUAUCUUGGACUGACUGACUCAUGCCAGCCCUACAGAAGUGCCUUUUACGUAUUGGAGCAACAGCGUGUUGGCUUGGCUGUUGACAUGGAUGAAAUUGAAAAGUACCAAGAAGUGGAAGAAGAGCAAGACCCAUCAUGCCCCAGGCUCAGCAGGGAGCUGCUGGAUGAGAAAGGGCCUGAAGUCUUGCAGGACUCACUGGAUAGAUGUUAUUCGACUCCUUCAGGUUAUCUUGAACUGCCUGACUUAGGCCAGCCCUACAGCAGUGCUGUUUUCUCAUUGGAGGAACAGUACCUUGGCUUGGCUCUUGACGUGGACAGAAUUAAAAAGGACCAAGAAGAGGAAGAAGACCAAGGCCCAUCAUGCCCCAGGCUCAGCAGGGAGCUGCUGGAGGUAGUAGAGCCUGAAGUCUUGCAGGACUCACUGGAUAGAUGUUAUUCAACUCCUUCCAGUUGUGUUGAACAGCCUGACUCCUGCCAGCCCUAUGGAAGUUCCUUUUAUGCAUUGGAGGAAAAACAUGUUGGCUUUUCUCUUGACGUGGGAGAAAUUGAAAAGAAGGAGAAGGGGAAGAAAAGAAGGGGAAGAAGAUCAAAGAAGAAAAGAAGAAGGGGAAGAAAAGAAGGGGAAGAAGAUCAAAACCCACCAUGCCCCAGGCUCAGCAGGGAGCUGCUGGAUGAGAAAGAGCCUGAAGUCUUGCGGGACUCACUGGAUAGAUGUUAUUCAACUCCUUCAGGUUAUCUUGGACUGACUGACUCAUGCCAGCCCUACAGAAGUGCCUUUUAUGUAUUGGAGCAACAGCGUGUUGGCUUGGCUGUUGACAUGGAUGAAAUUGAAAAGUACCAAGAAGUGGAAGAAGAGCAAGACCCAUCAUGCCCCAGGCUCAGCAGGGAGCUGCUGGAUGAGAAAGGGCCUGAAGUCUUGCAGGACUCACUGGAUAGAUGUUAUUCGACUCCUUCAGGUUAUCUUGAACUGCCUGACUUAGGCCAGCCCUACAGCAGUGCUGUUUUCUCAUUGGAGGAACAGUACCUUGGCUUGGCUCUUGACGUGGACAGAAUUAAAAAGGACCAAGAAGAGGAAGAAGACCAAGGCCCAUCAUGCCCCAGGCUCAGCAGGGAGCUGCUGGAGGUAGUAGAGCCUGAAGUCUUGCAGGACUCACUGGAUAGAUGUUAUUCAACUCCUUCCAGUUGUGUUGAACAGCCUGACUCCUGCCAGCCCUAUGGAAGUUCCUUUUAUGCAUUGGAGGAAAAACAUGUUGGCUUUUCUCUUGACGUGGGAGAAAUUGAAAAGAAGGAGAAGGGGAAGAAAAGAAGGGGAAGAAGAUCAAAGAAGAAAAGAAGAAGGGGAAGAAAAGAAGGGGAAGAAGAUCAAAACCCACCAUGCCCCAGGCUCAAUGGCGUGCUUAUGGAAGUGGAAGAGCCUGAAGUCUUGCAGGACUCACUGGGUAGAUGUUAUUCGACUCCAUCAAUGUACUUUGAACUACCUGACUCAUUCCAGCACUACAGCAGUGUGUUUUACUCAUUUGAGGAACAGCACAUCAGCUUCGCCCUUGACAUGGACAAUAGGUUUUUUACUUUAACAGUGACAAGACUCCACCUGGUCUUCCAGAUGGGAGUCAUAUUCCCACAGUAAGCAGCCCUUACUCAGCCGAGAGAUGUCAUUCCUGCAGGCAGGACCUAUAGGCACAUGAAGAUUUGAAUGAAAGUAUAGUUCCAUUUGGAAGCCCAGACAUAGGAUGGGUCAGUGGGCAUGGCUCUAUGCCUAUUCUCAGACCAUGCCAGUGGCAACCUGUGCUCAGUCUGAAGACAAUGGACCCACGUUAGGUGUGACACAUUCACAUAACUGUGCAGCGCAUGCCGGGAGUGAUCAGUCCGACAUUUUAAUUUGAACCACGUAUCUCUGGGUAGCUACAAAAUUCCUCAGGGAUUUCAUUUUGCAGGCAUGUCUCUGAGCUUCUAUACCUGCUCAAAGUCAGUGUCAUCUUUGUGUUUAGCUCAUCCAAAGGUGUUACCCUGGUUUCAAUGAACCUAACCUCAUUCUUUGUGUCUUCAGUGUUGGCUUGUUUUAGCUGAUCCAUCUGUAACACAGGAGGGAUCCUUGGCUGAGGAUUGUAUUUCAGAACCACCAACUGCUCUUGACAAUUGUUAACCCGCUAGGCUCCUUUGGUUAGAGAAGCCACAGUCCUUCAGCCUCCAAUUGGUGUCAGUACUUAGGAAGACCACAGCUAGAUGGACAAACAGCAUUGGGAGGCCUUUGCCUUGCUCCUCUCAAUUCCAUCUUGCAGAGAACAGGAGUCAGGAGGUCCGCUGGCAGGAGACAGCAUGUCACCCAGGACUCUGCCUGUGCAGAAUAUGAACAAUGCUAUGUUCUUGCAGAAAACGCUUAGCCUGAGUUUCAUAGGAGGUAAUCACCAGACAACUGCAGAAUGUAGAACACUGAGCAGGACAACUGACCUGUCUCCUUCACAUAGUCCAUAUCACCACAAAUCACACAACAAAAAGGAGAAGAGAUAUUUUGGGUUCAAAAAAAGCAAAAAGAUAAUGUAGCCGCAUUUCUUUAGUUUUUUGAACCCCAAAUAUUUCCUCAUCUUUUUGUUGUCAUGGAUGGUGGUGACAUGGACUUGUUUAUAGAGGACAGGUCAGCUGUCUGGCUCAAUGAUCUACAUUCUGAAGUUGUCUGAAAAUGUCUUCAUGAUUAAAUUCAGCCUAAACGUUUUGCCGGGAACACUGCAGAGACAAUGCUGUGAGUUUCCAACCUCAGCCCAUCUGCGGGCAGAGAAGGUCUAGUUUGUCCAUCACCAUUAUGAUAUCAGGACUGGUUACUUGGUUAAGGAGGGGUCUAGGAGAUCUGUCCCUUUUAGAGACACCUUACUUAUGAAGUACUUGGGAAAGCGGUUUUCAAGAGUAUAAAUAUCCUGUAUUCUAAUGAUCAUCCUCUAAACAUUUUAUCAUUUAUUAAUCAUCCCUGCCUGUGUCUAUUAUGAUAUUCAUAUCUCUACACUGGAAAUUUUGGGUCUCAAGUUUUACUGUGCCUUUGUUUUUACUAGUGUCUGCUGUUGCAAAAAGAAGAAAACAUUCUCUGCCUGAGUUUUAAUUUUUGUCCGAAGUUAAUUUUAAUCUAUACAAUUAAAACCUUUUGCCUAUCA